AUGUCAGGUUCUAGUGAUGAUGAUAUAUUUAUUACCCAAACAAAGACUUGUGAAAUAGAUGAUUAUAAUUUAGAAACGGAUACUGUUCUUAGUGAUGCUCUGAAUUUGGAGGAAAAUUAUGUAAAAGAAGCCAUACAGUUACCAAACUUUGAUUUGAAGUACUCUGAUAUAAGCGAUGUUGAAACACCAAAUUUGCCAGAAAAUGCCAAGACUUCACUGAGGUUUUCCAAGCCCCUGGACGAUUCUGAUCUAAAGAAUUUGGUUAAAAGUGGUCUUGGUAUUAAAACUGAAAAUAAAACUAGAUGGGCAGUUAAUUUGUUUACUGAACACUACCUUCGUCAGAAUGGACGUUUAAUAGCCUUUAUGGAUGAUCAAGAAUAUCAGGGUUUAAGAAGUGUUCUGAACAGUAAAAUGAAGGAGUUGUCGAGACUUGGACUGGGUAUUAAUACCAAGAAGUCAGAAGUUAUUACAAUAGAACAAGAAGAGAUUUUAUGGAGUAAAGGCUUGUUAGGUGAAAGUAACCCACAGCAGUUAUUGGAUACUCUUCUUUUCUUGUUUAGAUUACAUUUUGCACUGCGAGCUGCUCAAGAACACAGGAAUUUAAGGUUUGGUAUGAACACUCAAUUGUCUGUUAAGUAUGACUUAGAAGGUAAAAAAUAUCUGCAGUACAUAGAAGAUGUUUCAAAGACAAACCAAGGUGGUUUAGAUCACAGGAAAGUCAGUCCUAAAAUGACAAGAGCUUAUGAAAAUUCUAACCCAUUAAGAUGUCCAGUUAGAUUAUAUGAAAAGUAUAUAGCUCUGCGUCCAAAAAACGGUACAGUAAAUGCAUUUUAUCUGCGUCCCAAGAAGAUGCCAUGCUCUGAUGUUUGGUACUGUGAUUCUCCUGUAGGAAUUCAUACCAUACAGUCCACUGUCAAACGUUUAUGUCAGUCGGCUGGUAUAAUUGGAAACUUUAGUAAUCAUUCCCUUCGUGCCACAGCUGCAACUCGUUUAUAUCAAGCUGGAGUGGACGAGCAAUUGAUCACUGAAAAGACUGGACACCGAUCUAAUGCUGUACUAGCAUAUAAAAGAACAAGUGAUGCCCAGCAAGCCUCUGUGAGUUCCGUAUUGCAUAGUGGUUCCAAAAAUCAUAAAUUGGAAGAAUUGGUGGAUACAAGCCCAACUAAAUUUAAGCAAGAACGUUGCGUUAAUGAGGAAACCAGUGACAAAGAACAUAAGGAACUCAGAGAGUUCAAACUUUCAAUGCCAGGAAUGAAUUUGUCCAUGAAAUUUUGA